AUGGCACCGUAUGAGGACACUACAGUGCAGAUUGAAAUGUUCAGAGAGAAACUUAGACAGGCACAGAAUCCGCAGAAAAGUUAUUGUGAUAAUAAACACAGACUGCUGGAAUUCAAAGAAGGAGACCAUGUAUUUGUGCGGUUAUCUCCGAUCACGGGUAUUGGCCGUACAUUGGGAGUAAGGAAGCUGAGUCCUCGAUUUAUUAGACAGUAUCAGAUUAUGAAAAAAGUGAGAUUAGUUGCCUAUCAGCUUGCCUUACCUCCACAAUUGUCGAAUCUACACGAUGUUUUCCAUGUAUCACAGUUGCGGCGUUAUGUUCCAGAUGAAUCACAUGUGGUGAUAUCGGAUGGUAUUGAAAUUCGGGAGAACCUGAAGACUCCUAUAGGUCUUAUUGAGGUGCUUGACCGCAAUGAAAAGAGGCUGAGAAGCAAGAUUAUUCCAAUGUCAAAGAUUUAG